AUGGAUCAAAUCCCUAUCGUCGGUGAUAUCAUCUCCCAACUUCAAGGUCAAGGUGAAGGUAGACCACCUUCACCUCCUGUUACCAGCCAUGGUAAACGAGUCGUUGGUUACUUCACCAACUGGGGUGCCAACCAUUUCCCUCCUUCUAUGGUCCCCGUUAACGAGCUCACUCACCUCAACUACGCCUUCGCCAAGGUCAACAAGGACACCGGUGAAGUCACUUUGAGUGAUCCUCAAACUGAUACCGAGAAACACUUCCGACCUGCUGAAGCUGUCGCUGGUGACGUUGCUCCAAUCGAACCUACCGAAGGUGGCAAGAACCUUUACGGUUGUCUCGGUGCCUUUUACUUGAUGAAGAAGCAUAACAGAAACCUUAAGAUCAUGCUGUCUAUCGGAGGUGCUACUUACUCAGCCGCCUUCGAGAACAUCGAGUUCAUCCAUUGGAGAAACACCUUCGCUCAAAGUGCUGUCCGACUUCUCGAGGAUUGCGGUCUUGAUGGAAUUGACCUCGAUUGGGAAUUCCCCAAGAACACCAAGCAAGGAGAGUAUUAUGCUCAGCUCAUCAAGCAGAUCCGAUACGAUCUCAACGCUCUAGCUCAAAAGAACCACCAACCCAAAGGUCAAUACCUCGUAUCCGUUGCUGCGCCUUGUGGCGAAGACAACAUCAAGCUUUUGAGCAUCAAAGAGAUGGAUCAGAACCUCGAUUUCUGGAAUCUGAUGGCUUACGAUUUCGCCGGAUCUUGGAGCAAAGUUGCCGAUCACCAAGCCAACCUUCACGGUACCAACCCUCAAGAUCUUUCCAUCGAUCGAGCGGUCAAAUCUUACGAGACUCAUGGUGUUAACUCCCGAAAAUUGGUCAUUGGUAUGCCGCUCUACGGACGAACUUUCGAGAACACCGAAGGGAUUGGCAAGCCUUUCAACGGAUCUUCCACCAAAAUCUACAAGGAGCUUCCUCUUCAAGGUGCGAAAGUACACAAUGAUACUCACAUCGGAGCAUCUUACAGUUACGAUAAUCACAAGAAGGAAUUGAUCAGUUUCGAUACUCCCGAGAUCGCCAGAGAGAAAGCUAAAUACAUCAACCAACGAAGCCUGGGUGGUGCCAUGUUCUGGGAACUAGCUGGUGAUAAGCCUCACAACAGCUCCGACAGUCUCGUCAAAGUUGUUCACAACAACGUUGGUCAAUUGGAGAAGAGACAAAACGAGCUCAAAUACCCCAACAGCAAAUACGACAACUUGAAAGGUGGUAUGGGUGGUGGUCACUAG